AUUAGAAUAUGACAUAAAUUUUGCCAAAACCUCGGCACACCUCACUCCUCAUGCUGCACCGGUUUCCUGCGCCUCAGCCAGGUGCCUCCGUCUGCUGCCCAGGUCUCGAGGUCUUCAAAGAUGGAGUGAGCAACCAUUCACCUUCUGGAGAAUAUGGCAACGGAAAUGAUGCAGUAGCAAGCAGUGACGAAAGUCCACAUGUAUUAGUCAAUGUGUGGAGCAUUGUGGAUGGACAGCUUCAAAAGACUGGAACUCAGAGGGUGCCAGCUUCAGCAUUUGUAGAGGGAGGUCUUCCUAACAACAGCAUGCCAACGACAGCAGCUUCCACCAUCUCCCCUAUUCCUUCUUCUCUUUCUGUCCCUUCUUUUCCUUUUUCUUCAUCAUCGUCUUUAUCUUCCUCAUUUAUGUCUACACACCCUCCUUCCUCUUUGGCAUUAACACCACCAGCAGGGAGGCCCCAGAACAAUGGAUUCACAGGAACUCACAAUGGAGGAUCUGGUAACUCACAUCCAACACCCCAUAUACUAUCACCUCUGAACACUUCACAAUCUCAGUUUCAAUCUAUAGGUGAGUUACUGAAGCCAGUCCCAAGUUAUCUGCAACAGCAAAUAUCAAACCAGGAUUCAGGCGAAUCAGCAUCACAGAUGGAUCAUCUGGUAUCAUUACCAGGACACCAAAGUGGGUCACAAAGUCACCAACAGUUCCCUGCAUUUACUCAUCAGGAUUUAUUGAGUCAUCGCCAAAGAAAUUACUCAGCUUCUCAAAGUUCACAAGGAAGCAAGAUAGCAAUCCCCAACUACCAACAAACCAGCAUCCAGUUCCAAGAAAGUCCGGUAUUUCCUCCCAAUCCUGACUCACAGCAUCAGGGGCAGUCAGAAGUUUCUGGAGUUGGCAGCGAUUUACCACAACCCUUAGAUAAUUUUGAUGAUUAUGUAACCCUUUUGCAGAUACUGGGUGCCAAUAUUUACCCUUCUGGUUUAAAUUCUUCUACACCAUCAUUACAAGCCAUAUUGUCAUCCCUUCAGAAUGCUACAUCAACAGAACCCCUUAACCAGCCAGUUAACCAUAAUAUAUUCCCAAACAAAACAAGGUUUCCAGGACUACCCAUUAACACUGGCAAUACUGCAGAGGUAUUCCAGUCACAAAGCAAGCCAAAUCCUAUCCAGCAGAAUCAGCACUCGCAGCUUCUCAAUAGGUUACAUGGGAAUCUACAAACUUACCCUCCCUUGCAAACACAUUCGAGACCACCUGCAUCCUCUUCACAAUCUGGCUUAUCAUUUGAGCCAAACCCAUCCUAUUCCAUUCCAAAUCCACAAAUUUCUGAUAAACUAUCUACCCAUAAAACUAAUCAUCCUUCAUCGCAAAGACAACAUCUGCAUCACUCAUUUCAGUUACAUUCUCAAAAUACUCCUUACCCUCAAGGAAACCAACACGUUCCAUCAAAUUCUCAAUAUGAUGUAUCAAAUCCUCAAAUGCCUCUAAUCUAUGAGCAAAUGGUUUUAAAAGAUACUCAACCACCUGUCGGCGAUCAAUCCAUCUGGAAUCCAGCUGCCACUGCUGAUCAGUUUUCUGAGUUGCAUUCCCAACCAGGGCAAGUCAAACCCACAGUCAGCACAUUUUCGAACCUCAUGAAUACUCUCAGUCAGCAUUUGCUAGAAACUCCUGAUCUGCAGUCAGGUGAAUAUACUCACAUCACUGCACCAAGUAUCCUCGCAAACCUCCCAUUUCUUAGUGAUGCUCCUUCAUCUGGUGAAAUGCAACAUGUGCUGGAAAACCUGCAUACUUUACAAAAUGGUCAGACGAAAACAAGCACAGAGCCUUCAAGGUUGCCUUGGGGGGCAGACUCACCACGUCCUCUUGGCAGUGCAGGGUUGGCUUCUGCAAGCCAACCCCUUGACAGCCAGACUAUAGAAUUACAAGGAAGCUCACCUUUACCUUCUGCAUAUACCCAUGGUCUUCCACCAGUAAAGGAUAACAACAGGGCAAACGUAAGACAUCCACAAGUAAAGAACAGCAAUGUGAGUAGUAUUAAUGACUUAAACUUAUUCUCAUAUACUUCGUCCCCUAAUACACUGAAGAUUAACAACACCUCCGAUAUGGAUGAUACAUAUGCUUUAACAGCUCUGCAGCUGAUACACAACAGUACAAAAGUGUCACUUUCUACUUCUCCCUCGACUCAUAUGAAAUUACCAACUCAGCAACCACCUGUGUUAAAGCCAUUCUCUGCCUUUUCCUACCAACCUCCACUCGGGGCCAAUGAACCCACUCAUAUCUGGCCUUUAGGAACUCAAGAACAAAAUCUAAAUUUUGGCCAGGCUAGCUAUCAGCCAAAAAUCCCACCACCCGUGUUUCUUCAAUACCCACAAACAACUACAUCAUUUCCAAGAACAUCAACAGUCAACUCUGUUCCUUUUGGUGGUGUUGGGAACCCUGGGCUUCUUGGGGUUCCUAUUGGUCUACAAGAAAACAGCCACAGUUUCAUUGCUCAAACUCACCUACCCACUAAGCCCCCAGCAACCCAAGUCUUUGGUGGGGUAGGAAAUGAUGCCCUCAAAGGCUAUCCAGUUCAUAUCAGUGGUAACUUUGAAAACGCUGAAAAUGAAGGAUUCGUUUCGCUUAGUAACCACAACCCACUAAUCAAUUCACCACCUUCUCCUGCUGGUUUAAGUAACCCUAACCCUGCUAUAAGCUCAGCUGAUUUAAGUCCCCAGAUUCUUGCAGAAUUACAAGAACUUCAAGCUCUUAAUGCCAUUUUUGCUGGGGCAGGAGAAUCUCCAGCAGAGGAAGCCAUGAAAAUUGUUGCUCUUCAGUCUCUAUUAACUAAGAAUCCUCACAUGCUAGAGCACCUUUUUUUGAAGCCAAAUGUCUUCAAUUCCCGCCAGGGUCAACCACUGAUCCCUGAACCAACAUCUCAAGAUGUAGUAGACCCAGUAGAUAAUAGUGGAUACCCCAGCAAUUUUGAUCCUAUGCACCACAAUAUUGGUUUCAAGACUGAGAUAGAUGAUAAAGGAUCUGGUCAAGAUAUUACACCUAGGCCUGGUUUUCAAUCAGGUGCUCCAAUAGACAUACAUCCAGGAUCUCCUAAUCACAUGAUACCAAACUCUGAUGAAGUAAAUAUCAACUUUUCAGAAUUACCUCCAGAACAUCUGCUUUAUUUGAUGCAGCACUUUGGCAGACUCCCACCAACGCUUCAAGAACUUGAGGAAGCGCUAAGUGAUCACCCUAGAGUGCCUGUCACACUCGCAGAGCCUUCUCAUAACCUUCCUGCCCAAAGUACUGUUAGCCCAUUCGGCCUCAAUGAUGGUACCCACAGAGAGUCUCAGGGACAAGUUGAUUCCCACAUUUCAUCAGAUGCCAAAGUUGAGCCAACAGCAACUGAAAAUAGCUUUUUAUCAAACAGAUAUGUGCAAGGAUGUCUAGGGAAUAAAUGGUGUGCUCUCGGACUGGCUAUGACAGUGGCAGUAGGAGCAACUGGAGCAAUGGCAGCGCCCCUGGUUGUACCAGUCCUCGGGAGAAGGAGGCGAGAUGUGGGCGAUGACUUGCAGAAUAUCUUCGAAGCCACUUCCUCCUUUGACCGGGAAAUGAACUUGUAUGCAACUUUAAUGAAAGAACCAAGUAUAUCGUCAUAUGACGAACAAGUAAAUCAUAAUCUGGAAAACAGCCAUCAUGAACCGCCAGAUCCAACUUCAGCGAGCGAAAAUAGAACAAACUCAACUGACAUGCUUGAUUUUCACGAAAAUUCUCAUCCCUAUGAUGCGAUGAGCAGCCCCUUAGCAAAGUUAGAAGAGGAGACACUGCCCGGCCGGGCAACUGGAUUUGUUCCCUCAGAACAAGACCUACCUGGCGAUGAAUCAAUUGAAGCUUUGUACGUUUUUGAAUACGACGACGACGCUUAUCUGGACGAAUCAUUUGACGAACCGGACGUUCUAUUAGACGACAAGAUCGACGACGAAUCCGAUCUACUGAAAGCGGCGACGAAAAUAACCAAGAACCCAAAGGACAAGGGGAUAAAGUGCCUCCAAGAAAAUAUGUGCCUCGGGAUGGUCGUAGCAGCAGACGGGGUGGCCUUCCUCACGCCGUUCCUCAGCCGCAAGAGAGGAGAGGUGCUGGCCGGGAUGGAGCUGGGUGACCGCAUCGUCCAGGAGAUGAAGACCUUCCUUCCACCCAGCGAUCAAGAUCUACCAGUUACCAGGACGCCGUCAGGAACAGCGUCCUGGAGGAAGCAGAGGAUGCAGCUGCUCGUGGAUAAAGUCGUGCAUUUAUUUCCCGCUGUUGAAAAACUUUUCGAGAUAUUUCACCAAGCCAAGGUAAAACCCAAACACGGAUUAAUGCACGGGAUAUCUGUGACUUAAUCUAGAAAAUUACACACUUAAAGAUUUACUAAUAUUUGUUAGAAUAGUGUACAAAGAUGUGUUAUACGUUAAUAAUUUAUUAUAAUAUCUUUAAACAAUAUGUCUUACAGCCAAUAAUUAUUUCCUUAAACAUAAGGAUGGGCAUCAUUUAGAAUUAAGGUGAUAGUUUAGUUUAAUUUAUUGAGAGAAAUUUGAAACAAAUGUUAAGCAGUAUUUAUUUACAUUUAUAGUUUCGUAACUUGAUGAUCUUACAUUAAAUGGCAUUUAUUACAUUGUAUUAUUAAAAGUAUUAUUUUAAAAACAACUGAAUGGUAACUUAUUACCUUUUCGUAUUUUACAUUAGAUGAUACACUGCCAUACGAAAACUCGA